AUGAAGUACAAUUUAACCAGUCCAACUGAAAGUAAACCUCAAGAAUUUCUGCAAUCAGCUGACUAUCAGAUCAACAUCCAACUGAAAGCAAACCUCAAGAAUUUCUGCGAUCAACUAUCAGAUCAACAUUCAACUGUUUUCAUUUUUCUCCACAAAUUUCGUCCUUUUAGUAAAGUAAAUACAGAAUCUGGAAAUAUUGAUAUUGUGUUUAAGAUUUGCAAGCUUGGGAUACUAAAUGCUUUAGAGCUAAUUCUAAUCCUUGAAGUAAUUGAUAUUAAUGAAGUACAAUUUAACCAGAAAACAUUGCUUCAACUAGCAUGUAAAAAAGGCAACAAGAAUGUUGCUCAAAUGUUGUUAAAAUUUGGAGCAACAGCAAAACCAGAUGUUUGGUCUCAAGAUUCAGAGUUUUAUCUGGCAUCUUAUAACGGACAUUUAGACAUCAUUAAAAUGUUAUUUGAAAAAUUCUAUGAUCUAGUUCAGGAGAGAAGUAUCUAUUAUUGUUUGUUCUAUGCUGCUUGCUUCAGUGGGAAGCUGGAUGUGGUUCAGAAGUGGUAUUUCCCAAAUAUGAAUCUCAAUAAAGUCAUUGAGUUUGUGCCAACAUUAACAGAUUGUGAAAAAUUCUAUCCUUUGUUUGCUGCUUGUGAAGCAAAACAUCUAGAAGUGGCAAAUUUUUUAAUAGAAAAUGGAGCUUCAGUAACAAAAGAGAUUAGUGAUCAAUUUCCAGAAUUUAUGACUCAGUUAAUACAAUCUAAGUUUCAAACUUCAAAUUUAAGAGGAAAACGAGAAUAUGAUUUGACUGAAAGAUAUCUACAGGCUGUUCAUCCACAAUGGUUCUUAGAAUCUAAAGACAAUACCAGUGAUAGGUCUGAUGUUACUGUAGAUAUAGACAUUAAGAUUAAUUUGUCACAAAACUUUCUCACGGACUUGCCAAAUGAAAUUUUAUGGAAUAUGAAAGGAUUAACAGUUCUCAAAGUGUCUCAUAAUCUACUCAGCAGAAUUAGUGGUUGCUCUGAUCCAUCUACAAUACAUCAAAAUUGUCUAACUGAGCUGGACUUGUCAAAUUGUAACCUCACAGAAGUCAGUAGUCACUUAUUUGAUCUACCUCACCUGAAGGAUUUAAAUUUGUCAAAUAAUCAAUUAACUUUUCUAGGAAAUGAACAAAAUUCAAACCAAGACUGGAAAUGCAUAAGGCUGACUCGUUUAAACAUUGCUGAAAACCAGAUUACACAAAUUCCUCCUGGAAUAAAAAAUUGUUUGCUAAUGAAAUACUUAGUUGCUUACAGUAACAAUAUAGACCAACCAUUUCCUCCUUGGCAGUGCCCAAUGCGAAUCCUUGAGCUAUCACAUAACAAAUUAACCAGAUUUUCUCCAAGUGCUGAUCAAUUUUGGGGUCGUACACUUCAAACUUUGAAAAUAGAUCAUAAUAUGUUAGAUGAGCUUACAGAAAGUGUUGUUAAAAUGAGUAAACUUGUGCAUCUCGAUGUAUCUCAUAAUUCAAUUCAAAAGCUUCCACCAAAAAAAAUAUGGCAUUGUCAGCUACACAUAAUGCACCUCAACAACAACAAUCUGGGUGUGAGCAGGCAGAGAACUCCACUGCAGAGAAAUAUUUCACUAAAUGUGGAUCAGUCAAGGGACUUUGAGUUUCCAGGAAUUGUAUUGAAGAAUAAUUUGAUAGAGUUAUCUUUAGCAGAAAACAAUUUGAAAGAAGUUCCAAGAGGAAUCAGUUGCUUAGAAAAUUUAUGCAUUCUUGAUUUAAGCAGAAAUCCAGAGAUUACAAGUUUGCCUGAAGAAUUGGGAACAUUGAAAAAUUUAACAUUGCUUAAUUUAAAAGGAGUAACAUUAAAAGAUAGACAAUUACAAGCUUGGAUUUCUGACAAUGAAAACAAUACUCAAGAAAUAAUUUCCUACCUUGAAAGGAAACUUAAAAAGUGUGUACCAGAUAACGUUAUCAAAAUGGUAGUGUUAGGUUGUAAGAACUUUGGUGGUCAAUGUCUUGUUGAGAAACUUAUCAGCGGACGUGGAAUGUAUGAUGACUGCACAUCAGUUAGUCAUCAGAAUAUGAAUAUGUCCACAUGGGAGCUCUCUCUGAAUAAUUCUUUAUUUAAAAACAUUUUCUCACAGAGUCCUAGAAGGACAAUAACAUUUCAUACCUGGGAAUUCCCAGAAAACAAAGAGACUCUGGCUUUGCUGCCAUGUUUUCUAACCCACAAUUCUCUAUACAUUAUUGUACAUGACUUUACUACAUCUGGAACUAUGUUGCAUCUUGUGUCAGAGAAGAUCUCAGUCAUUCAGUCAUGUGUUCAUCAUCCAGAGAUUAUCAUUGCCUGUUUGUGUCCACCAAAUAUUGAUCCACAUUGGGAAGAAGAACUGAAACGGGAAGCUACAAAAGAACGUCUAAGAUGUAAAUUUGUCUUUAUCAACUUAGAUGACAAUCAAACACUUCUGAAUUUGUGCCAGAAAAUCUAUGAAGCUUGCGAUCGGUUGAAAGGCUUAUCAGCUUUGGAAAAAGGUGUUCCCUCCCUUUUUGUUGAUGUUGCUAAAAGGACAAAGUUGAAGAAAGAUACAAACAUUUGUUCCUUGGAGGAUUUCUUGAAAGGAGUGGGCUGCAGCAAGCAGGAUUUAAACGAGGGUGUUCAAAAUGGUUUAAAAUUGCAUGAGCAUCUUCUGCAGGUUGGUGCAAUGUUACACUACAACUUGUACAGAGAAGAGCUCUCUCAAUGUGUUUUUUUAAAUCCAUCUUGGCUGUUUACUGUUAUGAAAGAUUUCUUAGAGUCACUAACUAGAAAUAAUAUAACUCUAACACACAUGACGAUUGAUGAUGUCAAAAAAAGUGUGGCAAAACAUUUAAAAGAAGAGUUUUUUGUUGCUUUUCUUCACUUGCUGGAAGCUUUUAAUAUUGGUAUCAGGAUAGUUGACAGUUACAAGAAAGAAAUUCUGAUCAUACCAUCUAAACUACCAACACAAGCACCUCAUAUACAACUGGAUCCCUACAUUGGAGGUUUUCGAGCUGUGCGCCUCUAUUGUGUGUCAGCCAUCCCAGCAGCCUUUUGGAGUCAGGUGAUUGUUCAACUAAUCACAGCCUUUGAAAGGUUUUCUUCUUCAAAGUGGAAAAUAGGAUCUCCAAUUAUUCCUCAAGAUCAUACAAAAUCAUUUAAAAUGGGCAGUAGAGUCAGCCUAAAAGGUUUGCACAUAUUAAAUAAGAACAUUCAGUAUUGGAGGACAGGCAUUAUGAUUAGUCAUGACCAAGGAUACCUCGUAGUUGAAGAAGUCUCUAGUCAUUUUUCAGACAGGGGUGAAAAAGGAAAUCCAUCCAUCUUAGUCACAGUUCAAACAACUGGCAGUGAUUCACGUCAAGCCAAUUUAAAGAAACUUUCCAUCAUUGGUAUAGUCAGAGAUGAAUUAGAAGAAAUUCUGGACAUAUUCUUUCCUAAGUUUCAUGAUCCUGGGGAAGAAGAAAUGAAACCAUACGCUUUGUGUCAGCAUUGCUUCAAACAUAUCCAUCCAUUUUCUGGUUCCAUUGUUGUUCCAGAUUUGCAUUUCUGUGUUCGUGAUUGUGCUCAGAUGAUUAUGUGGGCAGAGAACGUCACAUGUUCCAAAGGUCCUUCCUCACUGGAAGAAUUAGUUCCAGAGUUUUAUUUCUUUGAGCUCCCAGAAAAGCUGAGAUUAGAUUCUCAAUAUCUAGAGUUACUGGAUAGUACACUAGGUCAUGGUAUUGCCGGAACUGUUCAAAAGGGUAAAUACAAAGACAAAGAUGUGGCUGUUAAAUUAUUUCAUAGUCCAUCAGUCAGACCCCUGUCCUUGGAAGUAUCAGAUCCAUUGUACUAUAAUGCAAAGACAGCGAUAAGCAGGAUAAUUAAUCUUCGUCAGGAUCAAAAUGAAACAGAACAAAGAAAGAUCAGCAGUGCUUUUUGUGAUGUACGCAAAGAGGUCAAUGUCCUAAGUAAAUUAAAACACAAGUGCAUUGUGGAGUUUUUGGGUGUCUGUGUUAAGCCAAAGCUACUUUUGGUUAUGGAGUUGGCUCCCUUGGGAAGUCUGAGGUCAGUGUUGAAAAAUGAUUAUGAACGAAAUCCAGAUGACAAAAUUAUUUCUCGCACAGUUUUCAACAAAGAUUUAACAUACAAGAUGAUACUGCAGAUUACCCAAGGACUUGCCUAUCUGCACAGCUGCAAAAUUAUCUACCGAGAUCUCAAGCCAGACAACAUCCUACUUAUGUCCCUUGAUGUGACAGCACCUAUUAAUGUUAAACUUUCUGAUUACGGGAUAUCUAAGUUUGCUUCUGUUCAAGGCUUAAUUGGUUUAUGUGGUACGCCUGGAUACAUGGCUCCAGAGGUCUUGACGAAACAAAAAUACACCACAAAGGUUGAUAUCUACUCCCUUGCAAUAGUGAUGUUGGAAAUACUUACAGGAAUCUCACCUCAGAAUAAUGAACAGAAACCAAUUGUGUCUCAGUUAUCACAGUUGCUAAAAGAUGAUGUUGUACCACAUCAAAUCAAUGGUUGUACUCUGCAAUGCAAUUUCCCUUAUCUAGAACAACUCAUGCCUGAGUGUUGGAAUGUUAGAAUGGAGGAUAGGCCAACAUCUGAGGAAAUUAUCAAAAGGCUGAAAAACGACCAGUUCUUAUUGCUUCACAAUUCUUUGUGGCUUACAGAUAGACGUAACAGGCUAAAAAUAUCCUGUGUCUAUACUUGUGAGACUUCUGGUCGAUGGAACAUUUGGAUAUCAGAAUAUGAACUUCCAGACAUCAGAAAAUUUAGUGUUUAUGACGUGGAAUCAUCUAACUUUGUUGUAUAUAGAUGGCAUUCAGAGGGGAAAAAAGUUUUGUCAAUGGCCAAAGUCGGUCACAAAAUUUGGCUUGUUUGCCAGGGCUUAAGAUACAUUCAAAUAAUUGGCAGAGGAAACCAAAGUAAACUAGAAGUGUCAACUGGCUUUAACUUAGAUGCAGAGCCCUCUAUAAUUAUGAAUCACUUGUUUGGAUCUUCUGAGGAAAGUGAGUGCUUUGUACUGAUUGGCUUUGAAAAUGGAAAUAUAAUGGCUAUGUAUCACAGUAAUCCACUUCAGAAAUCAGCAGUCAUGUCUAUUCACAACUUGACUUUAGGAAAAAAUGUUCCAGUGGCUGACAUCAGUUCCAUUACUCUCAACUCUAUUGCUGUGGCAUGUGGCACCAAAGUUUAUUUCCUUGAUGUCAAGGCACAGGACAAUAAUGGGAAACUACCAGAAAUCAAUAACUCUGGUUUUGUUUGUCUACAAAAAGUGCUUAAGCUAGAAACAUACGAACCAGUGGCCGCCAUAGUGACUAGCUCAGCAGCAGUUUGGUGCUGCCUGGAAAAUAAAUCGUGGCUAGUGAAAAUCAAUGCAACCUCCAAGAUGGUGGAGCUCAUUGUUUUCUUGUCCUAUAGCAGCUUGAGAGAUGUUGUCAUUGUGAGGCAAAUACCUGAAGACCAUGUUGGGAAAACAAAUGCAGAAAUGCCUGAAAAUGUUUACCCCCAUUCUUCUGAAAAUGAAAGUUCUCAGAAGACUGAAAAUGAAACACUCUACGAUGAUGAAGAUUUGGACAACUAUGAAUCCGUUUUGAUAGCUUCUGGCAGUUUUGAUAGCUUUAAGCCUUCCCUCCCUCCAAAGGGAAAUUAUAAUCCAUCAUCUCCUGCACCACCUAUUGCAGUCAAACCAAAUGAUAGAGAAGAGCAGUUAAUUGCCACCAGCUUAAUUGUAUCAAGUGAUGUAUUGGUGGUAGGAACUAAUCUAGGUGCCAUGUUUAAUUUCCCAGUAAACUCUUUUCAGGAGGGUGUUCACAUUUUACAAUGUCCUCUCCUAAGACAUCCUACCAGUAAAACAGACAGCAGGACUAGAAGUGGCACAAUAAGAUCUUGCAAUGAGAUACAAGCAGAGACGACAAAGGUAGUUUCUUCGCUGCUGCUAGCUCAAGAAAAGCUUCUUUCCAUACUCACUUUUCCAGAGCAGGUGGAUUUACGAAGAUCUACCACAAAAAACCCGGAUAAGUCCAAAAGACAUGGUAGCCUAAUGACGACAUCAGAACAAGAAAUAGAGGAUGAUGCUGUAUUUAAUGAAAUAGGAACUAACAGCCCUUCAGAUAGAAACUCUGUAUCCUUUUUCUUUCUUGAAGAAGAGAGUGACAUCUCAGGAGUAGCUGACAUUGCUCUAUGGGACAAGAUUUCACUUGAACGACUGAACAUCAUUAGACAAUAUGUUCAAAGUUUAACAUAAAAUACAUUUAUAUUGUGUGUCUUAACAGUUAUAGCCUGUACUUUGAACAUUUCUUGCUAAUUAUGGGCAUUUGAAAAGUUUGAGACAAGUCUUGCUUUUUUUUGUUCUCAGACACUAUCAACCUGUACAUAUGAUUCUCUCCUCUCAUAAUAUGUUGAAGCUGUGUUCAUACAAUCAGUUUAUCUAUUUGUGAAACAAAAAUAAACAAUCUUCAAGAGUAAUACAAAUAUAUUUGCAAUAGAUCUUUCAGAGUAAUACUUAUGUAAGCCAACAUUAUUUUAAUUCUAGUUUCACAUAAAGAUUACGUCCGAAUUUUAUAUCAGAAAGUUGGGUUUUAUUGCAAUGCACUCUCUAGGUGAGUUUACCCCCCACUCCCCCAAUGUGUUUCUCAAUAGUUAAUGAGGGUGUCACGUGGCCAUCACAGACCAACCACCGUUACUUUCCACAACAAAUGUUAGGUGCAAUUAGAUUUGGGUGGACUCAGGAGAUCCUAACAAAAAUUCCCAGUCCUCUACAGGAUUUAAAUUUGAAACCCAUCAGUUUCUAAGCCAAGUGUUUUACCAUGAUGUCUAGAUGUUUACUAUUAGAGCUGAUAUCAAGAUAUAUCUGAAAAGCAAUAGACCUGUAUUUGUAUUUUGCAUUGAAACAUAUUGGCUAACAAAUGAAUUGAAAGGAUUGUCAAAUAGUAGCUUUAUUUAUUUGCCAUGUUUUACUUUUAUUAAUGCACACAUGUGAGAAUACUAUUUUAGCACAGUAUUACAAUGUGUACCCAUAGUUGGCAAGUACAGAAUUCAUAAAAAUAUUUCAUAAACCAGUGGUAAAGAAUUUUCAUUUGUCUUUAAAAUUUAGGUCACCAAUAUAUGGCAGAGUAUACUCUAUCAUCUAUGAUUAUUGUGUGAUUCUAAUAAUAGAAUAAUGUAUAACUACCCCGGUGAAUAACAAAUAGUUUGUUCACCCAUAAUCAACUGUAAAUCUUGUUAAUUAGACAAUGUUGUCUUCCGCUAAGUAUUUUUUUCAGCUAAGUAUUUUUUCCGCUAAGUAUUUUUUUUUUACUAAAGUGGAGUUAUUACUUUGUUGCUCAAAUGGAUAAACAAAUGUUGACUUGAAAGAAUGUAUGUAGUGUUGGUCAAUUUUUUUUUGGACAAAGUUCAGUAUUUUCUUAACUUUAGUUGUUAUUGUUUUAACAUGUACAUGCAUUAACAUGUACAUAGUGUAAAUAAACCACAGUUUUUUCAAUUACAUUUGGUUGUUGAAGUUGUAUUUCUUUUAAUAGGAGCAGCCAUUUUGGUGUCCAAUGCAUCAAGUAAAUGUGUACUUUUGUUUCACUUUAACAUGUUAAGCAGUUUUAAGUUUUUUAGAAGAAAACCAAAAAAAAAAGUUAUUUAUUUUCUAGUGAAAUUGUGUCAUUACAUUUUGUGCACAUUAGCAAUAUUUAAUUAAUUUUUUUUUCAUACACAUUAAUAAGGUUAGGUAAAUCACCAUUUUACUGUUAAAUGUUUUCUACUUAGUUAUCUCUCUUAGAAAGAGGUUUCGUCGGUAACACGAUGAUGAUUCAUAUGAAACAAUAUUGAAAAUUAUAGUUGAACUUUUUUUUAUUAACUUAAGGUAGGCAAUUCCAGCUGGGCCUACCAUCCAAAUAGUGUGAUUUAUGUCGCCAUGUCUUGCAUAACUACAUAACACUUUUAAAGGUUUCUUUGUAGAGUACGAAGGCUUUGUAACAAACUCUCUUCCGUCGCUUGCGUUGACUUGCGUGGUAGGCAAAACACUUCUCUCAAAUUACUCAGUAAGUGUUCCACCAAGAUUAAUAUUUAAUGCAUUUUUUUAGUCACUGCGUGGAUGUAGCAUGGUGAAAAGAUUGCUUUUUUUUUUUUUUUUUUUUUUUUUUUUAAA